CAUUACCUGCAGGCAUGCAUUCAGUAGCCCAUAUACAAAGCUAAAAAUACAGGCUAAUUUAACAAUAAAUCACACCACUAUGACUGUAUAUCCAGAUGUACAGUAUAUGAGAUGUGCAAAAACCCACUAGUGUCAAUGCCACAUCUGUAGCUACAUCUUCCAGCAGUUUUAAGUAGGCGUAUCUAAACAUCCAGCCAACAAUGGUGGUUUAUGGCAGCAUGGUAUUUGGAUAGCGUUCGCACAUUAUACAGGUUUCACUCAGAAGUUCAGCCCUCGGGCCAGCUGCUUCCCGCCUAUUGCCUAAAAAGCCAACCCCACCCCUUUCUGUUUUACUAGGUUUCAUAAUGCUUAGCUUACUCGAGCAGGCACAGGAGCAGUAGCUGCCCGGAUACAAAGAGAGAGAGAGAGAGAGGGGAUCGACGUUUUCUCAGCGCUGUCCCUGCCAGUAAUUUCUAAGAGGCUGGAUUCUGACCAGAGGAGAAAAGACAAGUCAUUCAUUGGAGCUUUACUGGUGUCCUCCGUCAUCCACCAGCCUGAGCCAGCAUGCAGGAAGAGGUUGGCCAACUGUCGAGCACGGGCAGAACCAUGGUAGCAUUGUUGUGUCACUGAGGAAAAGGAAUGUCCAGCAGCUCUCAUUAUGGCUCAUUCUGGCCUUUCUGACCUGGUGUCUAAACAAAGGAGAAUGAACAUGGAUUUUUCCCAGCUGCACACAUACUCACCGCCACAGUGUGCUCCAGAGAACACCGGCUAUACUUACUCUCUCAGCUCGAGCUACUCCACAGCAGCGUUAGACUUUGAGAAGGAGCACCAGAUCGCGCCGGUGUAUGAGUCUCCCAGGAUGUCACGACGGAGCCUGCGACUGAAGACCGGCGCCAGCGCCGGCGCCGUUGCCGGUCACUAUGGUAACGAGAGCCAGGCCGAAUUCUCCCAGAACCACAGCAGCUACACCAGCACCAGCAGAGAGACGCGGACACUACGGAGCAGAAAGCAGCUCACGGGCUCCCUGUCUUUAUCCCUGAGCCAAGUCGCCACACCGAAGAAAGCCCUGUCCUUCUUAGCCGCUAGCACCCCCAUUAGCAACUUUCAGGAAAGCAGCACGGCGUCGGACGCCUCUCAACGCGCCUCCAUCCACGACCAGUCCGACCUGAGGCAACGCACCGUCACCACAACCACCACCGUCACUACGUCUGUGGAUGGACACUGGGGACACGGCUCCAGCCAGAGAGCGAGAAUCAACGGCGACGCCAGCACCAGCGCGUCAAUAGCAAACACGCCACUCGCUAACGGUUACAUCUGCAAAGACUGCUCCUCGCACUCUCAGAAGACGUCGGACUACCGUGUCACACGCUCGUCAUUGUCGUCUCAAGCAGCAGAAACCUCCACUGACGGCCUCACGUCCUCAUCUUCACCUUUCACCACGAUAUACACCAAAGAAAGGAGUCGGAGGGACAAGAAAGGUGUCCUGGUGUCAGUGUCCAACACGUGUAUACGCUACAGCAAACGCGCCGUGGCCCCCGUAGUGUCCUUUUUUACCCUGAUCUUGAACAGUGUGGUGUGGCUGGGUUCAAGGGCCAAGAGCCCUCCAGGAAAAGGUGUCUUUUCAUCGUUUUCGGACUCAGUUAAACGGGCGGCGUCCUCCAGUUUGUCCCAGCUGUGGUUGUUUAAGCAGACCACUCUCCAAAGGAUGAUGGGCUUCAGGGCUAAUGCAUAUGAAGGACAAGCUCACUCGAGUUUCUGUGGGAGCAUGAAUGUGAAGGAUCUGGUGACUGAAGACACGUCUCAUCUCAAUGGUUCCCUGUGUGACGACUGUAAAGGGAAGCAGUACUCGGAGACGCACGCCGUCCUCCUCACACAGUCCUCCAGGCGUCGGCGCCUGGCGGCCGCACUGUGGAACUUCGUAGUUUUUGGAGGUCACUGCCUCCUCCAGUCGGGUUACUGCGUGCUGGGCGCAGGCAAAGCGUUGGCGUCAGGGGUCGGGACGGUAGCGCAGAGGCUGCUCUCGAUAUUCUGGAUGUCCCUGGCAGCUCCAGUGAAGGCAGGCAAAGGACUUCUGUGGUUUCUCGCUAAAGGAUGGUACCAGCUGGUGUCUCUCAUGUCCCUCCUCAAUGUCUUCUUUCUGACACGGUGCCUGCCCAAACUCUGGAGGCUCCUGUUGCUCCUUUUGCCCCUCUUGCUCCUCCUCUGGUUAUGGUUCUGGGGUCCGUCCACUGCUGCCCUGCUUGCUUACCUCCCGGCCAUAAACCUGACCGAGUGGCGUCCGUCGUCACCCAUCACCUUCUUAUCUAACUUGGUACCAGUUCCUGCUUCUCUUCCUGUUCCUGCGCCAGAGACUCCGCUGCAGCAGACCCCUGCCACCCCAGUCUCACAGGCAACGCCGACUCUCCCUCCUGCAGCGGUGUCCGCCGUCGACCUGGAGCGCCUCGAACGCGUGGAGCGCCAACUGUCGCUGCUGUGGGAGAGAGUCCAGCAGGGCGACCGGAAGCAGGAGGAACGGCACGGGGACGUCCUCGGCCUCUACGGCACCUUGAGGGAGCAGCUCCACACUCAGACCGACAGGGAGACUCUGGGGCUGUGGGUGUCCUCUCUGCUGGAGCAGAGGCUCGGUGUCCUCCGAGAAGAGCUGGAGAAAGAGAACACACACAGAGCGCAGAAUGAGGAGCAGCAGAAUAAGCACCAAGAGAGUCAGGCAACACGACUGGCUCAGUUAGAGCUGCAGCUGAACACUCUGGCUGCCAAGACUGAGGAGGUGCAGCAGAAGCAGCAGCGGUUUGACCAUGAGAAGGAGGAAAGGGCGAAAGAGGUCGUCACUCCGUCGACAGACACGGCUCCCGUCAGUGUGGGUGUGAAGCAGGAGGACCAUGACGCUCUGCUAGGAGAGGUGCAACGACUUGAAGUGGAGCUGAGUAAAAUCAGACAGGAGCUGCAGGGCGUUGUGGGAUGCAAGGGCAAAUGCGAGCAGCUGGAUACGCUGCAGGAGACGAUAUCGGCCCAAGUGUCCUCCCAGUUGCGUCAGGAGCUGCGGGCUCUGUUCUUUGGAGGUGGUGCGUCGGGAGACGAGCAGGGAGAAGUGCCCGAGUCUCUGAUACAGUGGCUGUCCCAACGCUACGUGAGCACAGCCGACCUGCAGGCUUCGCUGGUCGCGCUGGAGCUGGGCAUCCUGAAAAACAUAUCCGUGCAGCUGGAGCAGAACCGAGCCCAGACGCUGGGCGAGGCCGAGUCCAACGCCAAGACCAUAGUUCAGACGAUAACCGGCACCGUCCGGCACACGUCCACUACUGAGGGGAUGACAGAAGAGCAAGUGAAGCUGAUUGUCCAGAAUGCUCUGAAGCUCUACUCCCAGGAUCGGACGGGCCUGGUGGACUACGCCCUGGAGUCUGGAGGUGGCAGCAUUCUCAGCACCCGCUGCUCUGAGACGUACGAGACCAAGACGGCCCUGAUGAGUCUGUUCGGCCUGCCACUCUGGUACUUCUCCCAGUCUCCACGCGUUGUCAUCCAGCCUGACGUGUAUCCGGGUAACUGCUGGGCGUUUAAAGGCUCUCAGGGCUACCUGGUGAUCCGGUUGUCUUUGAGGAUCCUUCCCACAUCCUUCUGCGUGGAGCACAUCCCCAAGGCCUUGUCCCCGACUGGAAACAUCACCAGCGCCCCGCGCAACUUCACAGUCUAUGGUCUUGAUGAUGAGCACCAAGAAGAAGGAAAGCUGCUGGGGCACUACACCUACCAGGAAGACGGGGAGUCUCUCCAAACCUUCCCCGUUAAGGAGCAGAACGACAAGGCCUUCCAGAUCAUUGAGGUGCGGGUACUGUCAAACUGGGGUCACCCAGAAUACACCUGUCUGUACCGCUUCAGAGUCCACGGAGAACCUCGGCCUCAGUGACCCCCCUCCACCACCACCACCACCAGACAUGCUCUUCUACAACAUAUCACUGUCACUAUCUGUACAUAGCUCGCGACAACUUCUUUGAAAUGGAGGGGAUUCUUUUUUUUUCUUUUUUUUUAUCGAAAGACAUGAAGACACAGAAGUUACGGACUGUUAAAGCAACGUGCAAAGACUGAAUGAUGAACACGCGAUUUUGUAUUAUCGGAAGAAUCACAGAGAAGUCUGUACCUGGACUGUCGAGGAUUGCAGAAGAGAACUCGAACCACGGAAGAAGCUAAAAGUCCCAGUUCCCUUUUCACUAAAAGCCUCUUGCACUGAAGCAGCCCGUGAGGGCGCCGGGCUCCCCCCCGAGCGGACUAGUUCACCCCACCCCCCACCCCCACCCCCUCUCUCGACACCUUCCACUCCCACAAGAAGGUGGACACUUGAAAUGAAGGGGUUGCAGAAUCAUCUCUACCACUUCUUCACACACUGUAUCUCCGUUUGAUUUUUUUUUUUUUUUUUUUAAAUUCUCGUUGUUUUUCCUAAUUCUCUGUACAUUUUUUUUCUCCAUCAGUUUUGACUAUUUUUUAGGAUCAAGACCACUGCACCUUUGCCCGAGAUGCUCUCCGGGCUCGUCACUCCUUUUUUUUUUUUUUUCUAUCAAGUCUGCAACAACUGAACUGUUUGGUUGUCACUCAGCAUGAAUAGACUCACUACAUUCUAGGCUUGGCUUUAUUCUCUUGCAUAGCCAUAACAAUGACUUUUUUUUUUUUUUUUAAAUUAAAAUGCUGCCUACGGACAAGCUCUGAAUGUUUUCUGGAAGUGGAGGCUUGACGCAAGUUUCCUUUAAGCACGGCAACACUAUAAAACCACUGACCUGAGCUCUGCGCGACUCAAGUAUUAGGAGGCUCUUCACUCUGUACAUUACACAAAACACGUCUGAUUAUGAAUGAACUCAAGGAUUAAUGCUAGCAUGUCACUCUACCGUAACCAUACAGAGUGUGUCCUCCCUGAAAGUCCCUUGCUUGGAUGUCAGAUUACCAAUCGAUGUUUAACACUGAAAAGUAGAACUACUCUAGUAGACCAGAGCGUUUUCCUCUCCUGUUUCUAUCAAUACAAAGUUCUCUUGUCUCCUCCUAGCUCAGAUAAACGUCCUCCUAACAUGGGCUCCCACUAAACCCCGAAGGAAUGUAAUCUGUAUAUUUCAUUGUUGAUAGCUGGUCCUUUUCUAAUAUCUAGAUUUGUCAGUGUUGCUUUAUAUAAAAAGAAAAAAUCAUCCUGUCAUAAUUCUCUUUAUUAUUGUUGUAUUGCUAUUAUUUCUACUGUUAUUCUUUGUGUUUUUUUUCUUUUAUUUUUGGGGGCUUGUUGAUGAUACCAGAAGACGCACUGCAACAACUUGUUAGACAAAAUGUUUGAGGCACGGGUCAAGGGAUCUCACGGGGGGGGUCAUUUGUUUAAAAUGGGGAGGGGGGGUGUGUAGUCAAUUUUGGUUGCAAACGUGGGUCAAAAAUGUUCUAUGUAAAGAAGAUGUUUUGUUCACGAUCUUAUUUAUUAACAGGCCAAUUAGUGGCUGCAAGAUAUGAGUUAAUGCAAUGUAUAUUUUGUCGAAAGCUCUUCAGUGCAUUUUGGAACCAUCUUGGGACUUUUUUUUAAGAUAAAUGGCUAUUUUUGUUCAGUCAUGAGAUGACUUAACUGCUUUGGAAUAUAUUCCAAUAAAGACUUUAAUUUUGAAGAAAUUCUGA